AGAUAUAAAAACUGAACUAAUUCCAAAAGAGAUAGAAAGAUGGGAAUCAAGCUGAGGCUUGGUCUGGCAUUUUCAGGACUAGUUUUAUCAAAUAUGUUCGGAGUAAAUAUGCUCUCUGGAAUUAAGGACUAUGUUGAUACGACUGGAAAUAUAAUGGUUGAUAUCGCAGAUGGAAUCGGUAUGGUUUCCAAGGGUAUAGAGUACCUGGAGUCCUACCUAGACCCUGAAGCUGGUCAACCAGCAGGUCUAUCAGAAUCAACCAGUUCAGCAACCCCAUCAUCUACACCCACAUCAGCCAUACCAUCUUCAUCUGUUCCUUCACCAACUUCUUCUCCAGCUUCAUCUUCUCCUGCUCCUUCUCCGUCCUCUAUAUCUCCUGGUUCUCCUGGUUCUCCUGGCUCUCCGGGAACUCCAGGAUAUGUUGAUCCAAAGGCAGCAGUAUUCUGUGAGAAGGGUAAAUGUUACCCAUAUGAUCCUAGUAAAGUAAAAAACACCAACUUAGAAGUUAAACCAGGGGUGAUUCUAACUCCUCAGGCAAAACCAGCACAACCCAAAUAUUCAAGGAGAUCACAAGAGGAAGAAAGAAUCUCAGAGAGAAACAAAAACGAUGGAAAGAAAGGUCAACAAGUGCAUGCCAGGUCUGAAUACAGAGAAAACGAAAAGAUUAUAGCCAGCACAUCAUCUUCUAUUCUUCAACCUGCAACAGAGAAAGCAACAACAACAACAACAGCAUCAAGCACUGUAGCUAAAACGGAGCCUACUGAUCCCAAUACUCCCGCACCCUCAGCUGAUCAAGUUGAACUAGAAACCCCUGUCUCUGGAGGGAAGCGUGUUCUGUCCUCACUAAGAGGUUUACUCAAUAAUACAAGCAAACUUCUAGUUAGACUUGUUUCCAGAAUGUUUCCCUGGAACAGAAGAGCACGAAGACGACUUCAAGGAGAAGAAGACGAGUUAUAAUAUUAUCAUUUACUCAUAUACAAACUUCCCCCGAAAUUCUGAAGUUUUCAAGAAUAUCAAAUGAACGUCAAAAAUAAUGGAUUCCGUAAUUCUGAAAUCUUUCAAGUGCUCAAUAUUUAUUAAGUGACUAUCUGGGGAACCCAGCUUUGCCUGGAGGAACAAUUUCUCGACCCAAGGUCAUUACAAAAGUGUGAGUGAUGUUAAAGAACCCAAGCAACAAUAAUGCACAUUGCACAAGCAGGUUUCACUUUGGUGAAAUACAAAGCAAUGAGAUAGCAGUUUUAAAAAAUAUUUUAUAGAAAUGUUACAAGUACUCCACCCUGCAUAGCACUGUUAUAAACUGUUAGUUUUCCCCAUUGAAGGGGUCAGAAAUAGUAAAAAAAAAAUAGAAGAAUGGAGAGAACAAAGGAAUUGAGUCUUUGCCACAAACUCUUAUUUUCUAAUC